UCUCUUGUACACAUGUGAGGUAAACGACCUUUACAUUUCUGUUUCCCUGUUAUUCUUGGAGGUUUUUUUUGCAUGUGCAGCCGGUGACGAUGCUUCUAGCGAGGAGAGCUGUGCGGACCGCGGCGCGCACAAACCCGUGCAGGUCGUUUUCUGCCUCACAGUCUCACCUGAACCAGAGAAAAGGUUUAGUGCUGGGAGUGUUUGAGAAGGAGGGCGGUCACCAUCUGACUGAAGCUGCUGCAGGUUUCGACCAGUCUCUGUCCGGGAAACUCUCAGAAUUGCUGAAAAUCUCUGGACCUGCACUCAAAAAAGGCAAAAGCAGAAUAUUCUAUGGAAUUCACAAGGACUUCCCGUGUGUAGCAGUUGUAGGUUUGGGGAAGAACAAUGCAGGCGUCUGUGGAGCAGAGAACUGGGACACCAGCAAGGAGAACAUCAGACAUGCUGUUUCAGCUGGCUGCCGCUUACUUCAGGACUUGGAGGUGAACCAUGUGGAGGUCGACAGCUGCGGUGAUGCCCAGUCAGCUGCAGAAGGUGCUGUCCUGGGUUUGUUUCAGUACGACCAACUCAAAUCCAAGAAAAAGCCUAAAGUUACCACACAGCUUCAUGGAAGCGCUGACUCGUUCGAGGGCUGGCAGAAAGGUGUCACUUAUGCAGAAGGUCAAAACCUGGCUCGGCUACUCAUGGAGGCUCCGGCCAAUCAUAUCACUCCGACCGCCUUCGCUCACACCAUCGAGGAGAAACUGGCGGCACAUGCUGAACGAGUCACAGUAAAUAAGAGAUCCCAGGCUUGGAUUGAACAGCAGCAGAUGGGAGCUUUCCUUAGUGUGACUAAAGGUUCAGAGGAGCCUCCUGUCUUCCUGGAGCUGCAUUACAACGGCUCAUCUGACUGUCAGCAGCCACCACUCCUCCUGGUGGGCAAGGGCGUCACAUUUGACAGCGGUGGGAUUUCCCUGAAGCCCUCUCCUUCCAUGGAUGCAAUGAGAGCUGAUAUGGGUGGAGCAGCGACUGUGUGUGCAUCCAUCGUGACUGCUGCCGCUCUCAAACUGCCACUGAACAUUAUUGGCCUGGCCCCGCUGUGUGAGAACAUGCCCAGUGGAAAAGCUACAAAACCAGGAGAUGUGGUAACGGCCAAGAAUGGAAAAACAAUCCAGGUUGAUAAUACUGACGCAGAGGGCCGACUGAUCCUCGCUGAUGCACUCUGUUACGGACACACCUUCAAUCCCAGAGCAAUUGUCAACGUCGCUACUCUAACAGGUGCGAUGGAUGUGGCGCUCGGCUCUGCAGCAACAGGAGUGUUUACGAACUCUGACUGGCUCUGGGAGCAGCUGCACAAGGCCAGCGUUGUGACGGGUGACAGAGUGUGGCGGAUGCCUCUGUUCGAGCACUACUCCAAACAAGUGACUGACAGCCAGCUGGCCGACCUCAACAACAUUGGCAAAUAUAGCCGUUCUGGUGGUGCGUGCACAGCAGCUGCUUUCCUCAGGGAGUUUGUGACGUCUCCUCACUGGGCUCACUUGGACAUCGCCGGCGUGAUGAGUAACAAAGAUGAAGUUCCUUACCUGAAGAAAGGCAUGUCUGGGAGACCGACAAGGACUCUGGUGGAGUUUGCUGCCAGUUUGGCCCACAGUGGCUGAUCACGCACUUUAAAGUCUGUACGACUCUUCAGCAGUCAAAACACAGAGGGUCUGACUCUAUCGUGAAUCAGUUGUAGAGCUAAUAAAUCUAAAAACUUUGUUCAAACAGGAUGAUGAGCCUCUGGUGUGGUUCCACAAGAUAUUUUUAGGUAUCAUGGUUUUGCAGAUUUCUGUCCACUUUGUGAACCAAAGUUUCUUUGUAGUCACUAAAUUGUCAUUUAUACAUCUUAUUUUAAACGUCAGUUGGCUAAUAAAGUGUUUAAAAU